AUGCUGAAAGAUGAUAUGUUUAAGUUCUGGAUCUUGACCACCGUCCUCAUCAAUUCUGUGCGGUGUUCACAAUACGCAUUCCAAAGUCAUCUAUUGCAGUCUUACGAAUUCUUUGUCAAUAGCAACAUGCCCUCUGCAACGUCAGAAUGGCACGAAGGCGAGCUUGCCAUGCACCAGCAGCUCAAGGUCCCAAAGCGAGGAAAUCCUACAUUCCCAGGCCUGGCGGCACAUUAUGGCAUGCGAGUGAUGCAGUCUUCGUUGGUAGCCCUUGGAACUCUGGAUAACGAGGGCCAUCCGUGGACAACGGUCUGGGGCGGCGAGCGUGCGUUUGCAAGGCCCGUGGCUGAAGGCGUGCUCGCGUUCAACAGCUCGGUUGAUACUCGUCAUGACCCUGUCUUCAGAGCUCUCUGGGAUGGCAUCGACGAGGAGGGCGUCAGACAAGGCGCCAUCAACAGGCCUCAUGGUGGUGAGGGAAAGGGCAUGGCGGGUUUGUCUAUCGACUUGGAAACGAGGGACCGCGUCAAAUUGGUCGGGACAUUUGUUGCGGGUGCUACUGUGGAUGAAGGCAAGACAGUUCAGAUGGCUAUGGGUGUAACUGAAAGCCUAGGGAACUGUCCGAAGUACCUCAACAAGAAGGACAUUAUACCCAAUACCAUGGCGCCGGAACUCGUCUCGGACAAACUUCCGCUGUCACAAGAAGCACUGGAUUUAAUUGCAGCGGCAGACAUGUUCUUCUUAUCGAGCACAAACGGGGUGACUAUGGAUACGAACCAUCGUGGUGGAAGUCCUGGGUUUAUGCGAGUUAUCAAGAAUGAAGAAGACGAACUAGAAUUGAUAUAUCCAGAGUUCUCGGGAAACAGACUAUAUCAAACACUGGGCAACUUCAAAGUCAAUCCUCUGGUUGGCCUUGUUAUUCCAGAUUACAACACUGCAGAUGUAGUUUACCUCACAGGCAGUGCUUCGGUUCUCGUUGGGGAAGAAGCUUCUACGUAUCUCGCGAGGACGAAACUUGCUGUUAAAAUCACAAUAACCGCUGCCAAGUUCGUCAAAUCUGGCCUUCCCUUCCGUGGUUCCCAAGGCGAAUAUUCACCUUAUAAUCCACCUGUUCGCCACUUGCUUUCAGAGCACGACGCACACAUUGGCGUUGCUUCUUCAAAAGCGGCAACGGCAAGUCUGACCAAGCGCGAGAUUCUAACGCCGUCUAUCGAUCGGUUCACCUUUGAACUGUCUUCGGCACAGCCCAUAGCGCAAUGGCGUGCCGGACAGUACAUCACGUUGGAUUUUGAGCCUGAGCUGUCGAAUGGUUACAGUCACAUGGCCGAUGACGAUCCUCAAAGUCUCAAUGACGACUACGUGCGAACAUUUACUGUGUCGAGUUCGCCAGAUAACAGUAAGGAGGUCCAGAUCACGGCGAGGAAACACGGCCCAGUGACGACCUAUCUAAGAAACCACAAAUUGCGAGUACCGCUUGAGGUAGAAGUGCUUGGUUUCGGCGGCGAAGAGGGUUUCCGCAUCCCUCUAGAGCCACAAGGUCACCGAUCCAUCUUCAUCGCCGCAGGCGUAGGUAUCACACCAGUCUUAGCACAAGCACCCGCCAUCCUCCAGCACAAAGCCCCAUUCACGCUGCUCUGGACCCUUCGUUACGAGGACUUGCCUCUCGCGAGCGACACAUUCUCCCGAAAUCCAGGACUCGCGAACUUGACUACGCUCUUCGUCACAGGCCAGCCGGACAAGGGGGAGCUACUAGAUGAGGCAGAGCGGGCUGGGGCACGGGUGGUGAAGCGACGAAUAGGUGCCGACGACAUUGAAAACUUCAAGGGCCAGAACGCCCGGUUCUUCCUGUGCACGGCGCCGGCACUAUUAUCUGCCUUGGAAGGGUGGUUGUAUGGGGAGAAGGUCGUGUGGGAGGACUUUGGAUACUGA